GUUUUGCCCUAGUGUCUGUUGUUGGCUCACAUCCUCCACUGUUGCUCUAGAGGAUUAUUUUUUUACCACAAAUUUUGGAUGGCCCAUAACAACACGGUCGUCUUUCACAUCAACCUUAAGAUCUACUAGAUGAUAGGAAGUGAACUUUGUCAAAAUGAUAAGUUAUGGAUUAAGUAAUUAUUUCAAGUUUGGCCUAUUGCUACUUGUAAUGCCAUUCAUUGAUGAUGUGUUGGCGAGAGCAACAAAUACAGAUGGGAUUGUGAAAGAUGUUUUAUGCAGAGCAUCAAAUAUAAAUUAUGAUGAGCCUGAAAUCAAAGAUAAUUACAUUGUAGUAACCAGCACACCCUGUUUCUUCGAUGAAGAUGAAAUAGAUACAACUCUAAAAUAUUUGAUUUGCGAUUCAAGUUGUAUGCAUUGUCGUUCACACUGUUUUGUAAAUACUGCUCAGUGUGAAAAAAAUGAAGAAAAGCCUUGCUACUGUGAAAUAAUGCCUGAAAAUGAAACGGUGUCAGUAACAGUGAAAGUUUUGAUUAAAUCUACAUUUCAAUGCUUAAAAGGGCAGUUAUCCAACAAUUUCGAUGAUGACAAGUUAAAUUUCACAAAGUUGCUGCAAUUUAAAAAAGAUGGUCCUUGCAGUUCACCUGGUAUACAUUAUAAUGAGCCUGUCACAAAAGAUAGUUUAAUUGUGGUACAUAGUACAAUGUGUGUCAUGGAUGAAAUUCAAAGUGCUGUGAAAUUUUUAAUUUGUAAUUCUCCUUGUAUGGAAUGUUCUCCACACUGUUUAAUAAAUACUGCUCAGUGUGAAAAAAAUGAAGAAAAGCCUUGCUACUGUGAAAUAAUGCCUGAAAAUGAAAGGGUGUCAGUAACAGUGAAAGUAUUGAUUAAAUCUACAUUUCAAUGCUUAAAAGGGCAGUUUUUCAACAAUUUCAAUGAUGACAAGUUAAAUUUCACAAAGUUGCUGGAAUUUAAAAAAGAUGGUCCUUGCAGUUCACCUGGUAUACAUUAUAAUGAGCCUGUCACAAAAGAUAGUUUAAUUGUGGUAAAUAGUACAAUGUGUGUCAUGGAUGAAAUUCAAAGUGCUGUGAAAUUUUUAAUUUGUAAUUCUCCUUGUAUGGAAUGUUCUCCACACUGUUUUGUAAAUACUGCUCAGUGUGAAAAAAAUGAAGAAAAGCUUUGCUACUGUGAAAUAAUGCCUGAAAAAGAAAGGGUGUCAGUAACAGUGAAAGUAUUGAUUAAAUCUACAUUUCAAUGCUUAAAAGGGCAGUUAUCCAACAAUUUCGAUGAUGACAAGUUAAAUUUCACAAAGUUGCUGCAAUUUAAAAAAGAUGGUCCUUGCAGUUCACCUGGUAUACAUUAUAAUGAGCCUGUCACAAAAGAUAGUUUAAUUGUGGUAAAUAGUACAAUGUGUGUCAUGGAUGAAAUUCAAAGUGCUGUGAAAUUUUUAAUUUGUAAUUCUCCUUGUAUGGAAUGUUCUCCACACUGUUUUGUAAAUACUGCUCAGUGUGAAAAAAAUGAAGAAAAGCUUUGCUACUGUGAAAUAAUGCCUGAAAAUGAAAGGGUGUCAGUAACAGUGAAAGUAUUGAUUAAAUCUACAUUUCAAUGCUUAAAAGGGCAGUUAUUCAACAAUUUCAAUGAUGACAAGUUAAAUUUCACAAAGUUGCUGGAAUUUAAAAAAGAUGGUCCUUGCAGUUCACCUGGUAUACAUUAUAAUGAGCCUGUCACAAAAGAUAGUUUAAUUGUGGUAAAUAGUACAAUGUGUGUCAUGGAUGAAAUUCAAAGUGCUGUGAAAUUUUUAAUUUGUAGUUCUGCUUGUAUGGAAUGUUCUACACACUGUCUUGUAAAUAUUUCUCACUGUGAAGAAAAUGAAGAAAACCUGUGCUACUGUCAAAGUCUGCCUGAAAAGGAAAUUGUUUCACUAACUGUGAAAGUAUUGACUAAACCCUAUAAUCAAUGCUUAAUAGGGCAGCCUUACAAUGAUAGCAAGUUAAAAUUUGCAAAAUUGCUGCCGAUUACAAAAGAUCAUUGUAUAAGUAAACAGAAAUGUGAAGGUCAGACGACAGGUAAAUUGUAUAAUAUCAGUCCUUUAUAUUGUUUAACUAAUAUUUUUCUCUUUUUAGGUGUCUGCUGCUUUUGGAACCAUGUCUACCCCUUAUAUAACAUCUUAGCAUCGAAAUUGUUUGCAGCUAGACUAAGACAAGUACUUUCAAGCACUGUUAGAAAUAUUGAAGGUGAUGACAACAAUGGUACAGGAUCAGAAAGCACAACUACUAAUUAUGUAAUGGGAGGCAUAAGUGAAAAUGUUGAAAAGACGAUUCCAUUUAGAAAAGUUGAAGAACAAACACUUCUCUCCAAAGAGGAAUACGAAUUGAAAGAUACCAUAACUGUCAACCCAAGUCAUUCUGGUUAGCAAUGCUUUCAAUAGAGUGUGUGUUUUUCCCUUUAUUUUAACAUUAUCAUUUGGGUUUUUUUUUCCUGCCUACCACAGUUUGUCUCUUCACUUCUAUUGUAAACAAACUGUAGUCAUCAAAGCCAGGUGUGGAUGUUAUAUGUAGAUAAUUAAUUGAACCAUAACAAGUUUCAGAAAUGCAUACCUGUGUAUUAUUCUGUUAAAUAGUAAUUUUUCCAUAUAUUAUUAGUUUUAUUAUGUUCUGCUUGAUCUCUGGUCAUUUUUAAAUAUCUUUAUUGUGUUUUAUGAUGUAUGCUUCAGCUGCAUAAUGUUGUUAAAAGUUCCUUUAAAUGCAUUUUUGUUUGCUUAUUUCGCUCAAAUAAAACUUAAGUAUUUGGAUAAUCUAUUUUUUGUGAUAUAGAAAAUUCAGCUUAAUACAAUAAAUAUAUAAAUAUAGUAUAUGUACAUGCUAUUAUAUAUAGGCCUUUGUGUGUUCUAAAUGAACUUUGUAAAUAGCAGUAUAAAAAAAGUGAAGAAGUUUACUAAUCUAAUGUAAACUAUACAGCUUAUUGAAAAAAAGCUUAGGUAUACAUUGCAUCUGUAAUAUAAAUUACAGUGUUGAAUUUCACUCAUUGUAAUGUAGAGAUGGCGUGGUCAAAUGUAGAACUUUAUAAAGCUAACCCAUAAGUUGGUAGGAUCUCCCUGAGUGCACCCAGCUCUGGUGGGUUCUUGACUUAUGUUAUGGAAAGUAACAAUGGCUAGGUAGUGUGCUGACCACACAAUAUGCCAUGGUCACUGAAACCUGUGAACUGUACAUCAACUGCUGUAAGGCAAGGAUCAAAAGGGUAAUUUUUUAAUGUACUUCGUUUAAUUUAAUCCAUACAAGUUACUCAAUUUCAGAAUAAAACUAAUAGUUUCAAUUGCAAUAAUGGGCAGUUUUGCAUAAUUUGUUAAACUCUUUAACAUUUUCAGUGCUAUUUUCUAGAUAUUUAUUAUACUUCUAACUUGAUAUUGUGUACACUAGGCAUUUUACAAUUCCAGUGUAUAAGUCUCAAAAAUUUGUGUAAACAUUUUUAAAUUACAGGAUUUUCAGGCUUGAUCAUUACUGUAGCAUAUUAUUUUGUUUUACAUGUAUAUUGGUUGAAGUUUAAUUUUAUGCCAAUCUGCCAACAAGUCUAAAUUUUAAGUUUUUUGUGGUGUAUGUUCAAUCUCUUUCUGCAAUUUAUUUUUUUUGUCCCUGGUUUUAAGUUCAAAUUUAUUCCGUUCUUUUUGUACAUUUGAAAUGUUUGGCGGAGGCUUGUGUCUUGUUUUUAUUUUGAUGUUUUUUUUUAUCAUUUAGUACUUUAGUAUAAAAAUAGAAAAUAUUUGGGUGAUUUACACUUGCUUUAUCAUUGUAGUACUUAUGAAGAAUAAUUAGGAUAGUUUAUUACAUUUCUUUCUAUAAUCUAUCAUGUAAUUAUUUUUUUAAAGUCUACUGCCUUAAACAUAAUGAUGUAUAAUUAUGCCAGUAUUGACAUAAUUUUAUGUUACUGUUUUACAGUAUAAUAUUUGUUAGCAGCAUGUUUGUCUUACCAAUAAGGCCUGUGUACAAUGCAAUUUUAAUCAUUUUCCAUUCCUUCAAAGUUUUCAAAAUUUCAUAAGGUAAUAUAGUGCAGAUUUAAAAAUAACUAUUUAAUAAGAAAAUAAAAGUACUGAUAUAAAUAAUUUUACUGCAAUUUAUCUGUUUGUAGUAUUAAAUAUA